AUGGCCGCCGAGAAGAAAGACAAGAUGGAGGCGCAGAUUAAGUCUGUCGAUAUGACGGAGGAUAUGCAACAGGAGGCCAUUGCUCUCGCGAUCGAGGCUAUGGAGAAGUACCACAUUGAGAAGGACAUUGCGCAGUACAUCAAGAAAGAAUUUGAUUCGCGGAAGGGCGCUACCUGGCAUUGCGUCGUCGGACGGAACUUUGGAAGUUUUGUCACUCAUGAGACGAAGCACUUCAUCUACUUCUACCUCGGCCACUGCGCCAUCCUCCUCUUCAAGACCCAGUAA